GCUCCCGUCCCGGCCCCAGUAGCCGGUCGGUGGCCACUGUGUGUGCGUCUGGGACUGAAUGAGUGAAUGGGUGAAUGAGGGAAUAAAUGGCUUUAUACUUCCGUGUGUCUCCAUCACCCCCUCUGUUCCCCUGUUUAUCCCUCCCAGUCUCUCUUGUCUUUCCUUGCUCCAUUUCCCUCCUAACCCCGCCAUGUCCCCUUCUGUCCGGGUCCCUCCUCUCCUGUCUUCCCUAUCUCCUCUGUUCCUGUCCCCUCCGUACCUCUUUCCUUCCCUAUACCCUGGCCCUUUGUUCUUUUCCAUAUCGUCUUCCUUCAUCAUCUGUCCCCUCAUACAUCUGUCUCCACCCUCAGUCUAUUUUCCUUCUCCGCGUCUGUCGCUCUGUCCCUCCCUUGGCCUUUCCACUUGUUCCCCUCUCUGUCCUCUCUGCCCGUCAACAGGGCUGGCUGGAUUGGCUUGCCCUAACCCUCUCCCCUGCCUGCUAAUGAGUAGAGGAGCCUUUGAGGCAGCCAGGGCUGGAGUAGGGGUGGGUCCCUCAGGGUGGCGGAGGGGGCAGCUGCUGCUGAGGCCCUAAUGAGGCCCCCUCUGCGCCCCUCCCGCCGAGAUCUUAAUUCUCAGUCCUCCCUGGAGGCGCUGCUAAUUGGCCUGGGGAGGGGCCCCCCCUUCCUGGCUCAGGCUCUGUCCCCAGGGGGUGAGGGCACCUGGAUCCGUAGAUUCUGAUCAAGCACCUGUGGCCUUGUCCUUCUGGCCCUCCCCCCUCCACCUGCCUCUCAGCCUCCCAUCUGUGUAUCCCCUCCUCCUUUCCCCGGCCCCUCUGCUCUCCUCCAGCCGCCUCUUGGUACACCCCCCCCCCCCCGCCAUCGGGUCACCCCUCCAUCCUCCUGUCCUCUUGAGUCGUCACCCUUUUCUCAACCUGCCUCUGGGACCCCAUUCGCUCGCAGUGCCAACCGCUUCUCCUGUUACUGGGUCACACCACAGCUUCUCACUACUCCCCGGGGGACCCAGGGUGUUCCAGGAGCCCCCAGUCCCCACUCCUGCCGGGCAUUUAACCCCUUUCCUGCCGCAGCCAUGUCUAACAACAUGGCCAAGAUCGCUGAGGCUCGCAAGACGGUGGAGCAGCUGAAGCUGGAGGUGAACAUCGAGCGCAUGAAGGUGUCGCAGGCGGCGGCUGAGCUUCUGGCUUUCUGCGAGACGCACGCUAAGGAUGACCCACUGGUGACGCCUGUCCCCGCCGCCGAGAAUCCCUUCCGUGACAAGCGACUCUUUUGCACCCUGCUCUGAGCCCUCAAGAAAGCUUUAUCCUCCCCCGCCGAAGUAUGAAAUCCAAUAAACUUGGUAACCUGCUGGCGCCUGCA